AUGGCUAACACGAUCAGGAUCCAGUGCCGCGCGUCCGACGAGCUCAGCCUCACCCUCGUCAACGGCGAGGUCAUCCUCACCAGAGCCGACCCACGCGACGACCGCCAGGUUUGGUACAAGAACGUGACGUACAGUGCGGGGCUCAAGGAUGAGGCCGGCCGUCCGGCAUUCGCGCUCGUCAACAAAGCCAUCGGCUACGCGCUGAAGCACUCGUUCGGUUACAAUCACCCCGUACGAGCCGUCAAGUUCGAGCCCUGUUACCUGGACGAGUCAGUCCUGUGGACUGAGAGUGAGAGCCACGACGUGCGCGUCGGCUUCCGGCGUAUCCACAUGAUCAACAACGCCGACUACAUCUUCGACGCCGAGGACCCCAAGUGCGACGGCGCGCGCGACGGCACGCGGCUCAUCCUGUUCCGGUGGCACGGCGGCGACAACCAGCUCUGGCGGAUGGCCCCGUGCACCGAGCAAGCGCCAGAUCACGGGCCACCCGUCCGCGUCGUCUGCCAGAGGGACAAGAACUUGUGCCUCACUGUCCGAGACGGCGCGGUCGAGCUCGCCCGCGUGGACCGUGAGGACCCCAAACAGCAAUGGAUCGUGAGCUUCCGGAACACCGGGCGAGUGACGGACGGGGAAGGACACCGGUCGUUUGCCCUCGUGAACAGGUCCACCGGGAAGGCGAUGAAGCGCUCCGGUGACAAAGAGCCGGUUGAACUCGUCGGCCACAGCCCGGACUCGGUGGACGUGGCGCUGCUCUGGACUCGUAGCGACGACCUCAGCGGGGGAUUCCACUGCCUUCGCACCGUCCGCGACGUUGAUCUCGUCCUUGACGCGGCGGAAGGCGUGCCCGGAUCCGGCAAGGCGCAAGACGGGACGCCAAUUACUGUGUUCCCUUGGAAUGGCGGAUCCAACAAGAAGUGGGCAAUGUUUCCUCUGCACUGACCAUGGCAGGGAUCUCAAAACAAGUUUAGACCUCAGUCGAGUGAUAGUGAAAUGAGUUUGCGUUUGGAAUAGUUGUUAGGAAUCUGGACAGCUUAAGGUCAAAAUGCAGAGGGGAUAGUUGUAUCAGCAUAACGUCAUUCGCUUUAAAAUAUAAGUCAAAUUUUAUCUGUUUA